AAGAAAUCAAAAGUGAAACUAAUAGUGCCAAAAGGGGUGGAACUUCAAGCUGCUGACUGAGGAGAAGCCAUUAUCUGUCCGUCAUAGUGCAUAUCACGGCACGGGUGCUCUUUCAGACUGCAACUGAAGUCCUGGUUCAGAUCCAAAUCCUGAUGUGAAAUGAGUACGGAGUUCCGCAAACUGCUUUUUGAAGUUUCUGAGGCUUUGGUGACAGAUGAACUGUCAGCUCUUAAAUUCCUCAGCCUGGACUAUGUCGCCAAGGGGACGCUGGAAACCAUCCGUGAGCCCAAGGCCUUCUUCGAAGUUCUGCAGGAGAGAGACAUGAUUGAGGCAGGGAACCUGUUCUUCCUGAAGGAGCUGCUCUACCGGAUCCGUCGGAUCGACCUCCUGUCUGCCCACCUGGGCUCCAGCCGGGAGGAGAUGGAGAGGGAGCUGCGGCUCCCGGGCAGGGCACACGUGUCAGAUUACAGGCAACUGCUGUAUGAAAUUGCAGAGGAUUUGACUUCAGAAAAUGUCCAAAAAGUGAAGUUCCUGCUCCGAGGACCACUACUAAAGAGCAAGCUCCAGGAAAAUGCUUCAAUGUUGCAGGUCUUUAUGGAAAUGGAAAUAAAUGGGAUAAUUGAGGAAGAUAACCUGACAGUGCUGAAAGAUAUAUUUCAGGGAUUUAGAGCUGACUUAAAGAAAAAAAUUGAUGCCUAUGAAGAAAAAAAAAGAGCAAAGUAUUCUAGGGAAGAAGUCCGCUAUCCUGUGUCUGUGUCUGUGUUUCCAGAGGAACAAGGAGCAGAGGGGGAGGCAGCAAAACAGUAUGGGAAAAUAUAUAAGAUGAAAAAUAACCCCCAUGGUUACUGCUUAAUUAUUAACAACCACAUUUUUAAAAAUCCACAUCACAAUAGAGAGGGAACAUUGCAAGAUGGAGAGGCUGUGAAGAGGGUCUUUAAGUGGCUUCAGUUUGAGACAGUUGAAUACAUGGAUCUAGAAGGAAAAGAAAUAUAUGACACAGUUGAAGAAUACAGCAAGAAAGAUCAUAGAAAUAUGGACUGUUUUGUUUGCUUCAUUUUCUCCCAUGGUGAAAAAGACAAAAUAAAAGGUGUUGAUGAUGAGUGUGUAAAUAUUGAAGCUUUAGUCUCCCGCUUCACUGGAACUAAUUGUCCUUCUCUUGCUGGCAAACCCAAGGUGUUCAUUAUCCAGGCUUGCCAAGGCUCUGAACGUCAUCCAUCUGUUGCAGUAGAAUCAGACUCUUGUGGACAUCUUGAGGUGGAUGCUAGACCUUCGACUUCCAUUCCUGAUAGGGCUGAUUUUCUGAUUGGCAUGGCUACAGUGGAGGACUAUCUGUGCUACCGCAGUCCUAAUACUGGCAGUGUUUACAUUCAAUCCCUCUGUGAGAACAUGAAGUUGCUCUGCCCACAGCGCGUGGAUCUCACAACCAUCCUGACAAAAGUGAACCAUGAAGUGGCAACAAAAGACAUGAAAGGAUUUAAGCAAAUGCCAAAGAUAACAUCGACACUACUGAAGCUAUUGAUCUUUGAAGUUCCACAAUGAAAAGCAGACAAGAGCUGUGAGGUAUUUCGCUCCGGAAGUUUAAAUCCAGAAGGAAGCACCGCCCCGGGUCGGGCUCCGCCCUUCGGCUUGCGCGGCUGCGGCGCGGCCAUGGAGCUGCCCCGGGGGCGGCUGCUGGCGGUCAGCGACGAGCUGGCCGGGGCCGAGCUGGCGGCGCUGAAGUUCCUCUGCCGGGACCACGUCCCCUGGAGGAGGCUGGAAGCCGUCUGGACCCCUCACGACUUGUUCGAAGCGCUGCAGGAGAAGGGCUUGCUGGAACCGGGGGACCUGGCCUUCCUCAGGGAGCUGCUCUACCGCAUCGGGCGGAUCGACCUCCUGGUUGCCCACCUGGGCUCCAGCCGGGAGCAGGUGGAGAGGGAGCUGCGGGCGCCGGGCGGGGCGCGGGUGCCGCCCUUCAGAUACUUGCUCUUUCAGCUGUAUGAAGAUGUCAUCGAAGAUGAGCUGAUGUAUUUCAAGUUACUUUUGGCCAACGAUUUGCCAAAAAGCAAGCUAACCCGUGAGACUACAAUGCUUGACAUUCUCAUUGAGAUGGAGAAGAAGGGCCUUCUGGGGAAAGACAACCUAAGUAUGCUGAAGAGUCUCUGUGAAAAAAUUAACAUCAGCCUGUGGAACAGAAUUGAAGAUGGAUUAAAGCAGUUUGGCCGGGAAGAGAUGCUCAUCACAGAGGAACAGAGGGGCAGCACAGGAUACCCUGAGGGACAUCUGGUGUCAUCUGUAGCACCUGGUCCUCCUGGCAGUUUUAAUGACCCUUCCCAGCUGCUUGAAGCAUACAAAAUGACCAGCCGACCCUGUGGAGUGUGCCUGAUCAUGAAUAACCACAAUUUUGCAAAAGCUAGGGAAGGAGUGCUGGAACAUAAACACAUGAAAGAUCGGAAUGGGACAGACGUGGAUGCAGCGGCUCUGAGGAAUGUCUUUAGCAAGCUUCAUUUUACAGUAGAAGAAUAUAGAGAUCUCACUGCACAAGAAAUCCGUGAGACUGUGAACAUCUUCCGGAGUGCAGACCAUGAGGACAAGGACUGUUUUGUUUGCUGUAUCCUAUCUCAUGGGAAAAAAGGCAUUAUAUAUGGUGUUGAUGGGCAGGAAGUACCUAUCAGGGAACUGACCACUUCUUUCACUGCACAGAAUUGCAAUUCACUUGCUGGAAAACCAAAAGUUUUUUUUAUUCAGGCCUGCCAAGGUGAAGCUUUCCAUCAAGGUGUGACCAUCGAAACAGAUUCUGGAGAGCAAGAUUCUUCUGUGGAGCAAGAUGCGAGGCUUCAGCUCGAGUGCAUCCCUGCAGAGGCAGACUUCCUCCUGGGCAUGGCCACCCUGCAGGAUUACGUCUCCUACAGAAGUCCCAAGGAGGGAACCUGGUACAUACAGGCACUGUGCCAGCGCUUGGAGUACAGCUGUCCUCGAGGGGAAGAUAUUCUCACCAUCCUGACAGCUGUAAAUCAAGAAGUGAGCAGAAAAACUUGUGAGCGGGGCACAAAGAAGCAGAUGCCGCAGCCCAGUUUCACCCUGAGGAAGAGGCUCAUCUUUCCUGUCAACUAAAUGGGAGGCAACUGCAAGCCAGAGAGAGCUGCUGCAGCCUGCAAUUGGCUGGUUUCAGAAUUCAAACACAACAGACUUUUACUGUCUGCUCUUAGCUCAAGGGCAGAUAUUUUUAAUUUAAACUACAAUUAAGGAGAAAAAGCCUUACGAAAUUCGUAUUGAUACAUUAAUUUGUAUUAAUACUUUAUACUUGAGAACAUCUCUGAGCUUGUCUCUGAUUUAUUUCUGAUCUAUUUAGCUGAUCUCUCUCAGUGUUUUGCUGGCAAAAUUCUACUCAGUGUCUUCUUAUCAGCUCUACCACAUUACUGCUGCUGUCAUAAGGUAUUUACAAGGCAACUUUCAGAAGACAACUGUUAAAAAGCUUUGUGUACUUUAUGCCUAACCUUUGCAAAAUAAAGGGAGGAGUGCUGUAAAUUUUAUAGG